AACGAAAUAUGAUGAUAAGUUGUGUCAGUAUCGCAACACCAAAGAAAUCUUCAUCGUUCAGAUGACUCGUAAACAAAAGAGCUGAGUGCAAGAAGAAACUAUUGUAACUAGUAGUGUUUCUUUUUUGUUUUGUUUUUUUUAGAGUUUUUUAAAGUAUUACAUAAUAAAAAUGGUACAAUUAUUCGGCGGUGCUUUUCGAGCUGAACUACCUGAAAACUUUUUGAAUGCAAGUGCUUUGAGACAAAUCCCAGAUAAUCAGGAAGUUUUUCUUCAAGAUUCAAAAGAAAAUUUGACUCUGAUUUUGGAAUUACUAGAAGCAGUUGAAAAACCUCACGAUGCAACAGUCGCCAAGUUUCAUUUUGAUAGCAUUGCUUUCGAUAAUGAUGCUAGUGAUUCUGUUAUUUGGAAAGACGAAAACUUAAAUAAAACCGAUAUUUCUGGAUUCCAUAAUGAGUUGGCAAAUGGUACUCGCGCUUUUGGAUGCCAAAGAAUACUGGAAAAGGGAAAAAAGGUUACGGAUCCCGCUUCGAAUGUCGCUGUACUAGUGCAUGUAAUCACCUUGCAGGAUAUUGAGACAGACAUUGUAUGCUCCGUAAAUAUCCCUUUGUUCGAAACGUUGUCUUUUCCCAAAACGUUAGCAGAUGUUUCUCCUGCUGACGAGGCAACCUUGCAAACUGCAGAUAGAAUCUUGAGUCAGUUUACACGUUCUUUGGUUCUAGUUGACAAGAGCCUUUUUUCUUCAGCUUAAAAUUAACUCAAACAGCAAAAAGCUGUCUAUGUCUGCUUUGAAGAAUUACAGCUGCAAUCGAAAUUUUAUUGUCCAUUAAAAAGAAUCAAUGAAGAGGAAAGUAUUUAUUGUCAAAGAAAAGGGAAAACGGUAUUGGAAUAAAAUUCAUUGGGUAAAUGUUUAAUAGAGUAUGCUUGAAAUAGCUAGUAGUUUCGAGAACUUCUCUAAUAGUACUUUUCCUUUUUUUUUAAUAAACUUGUGUUAAUUGUUCUAUGUCUAGAAACCUC